UUUUUCGUUUGUGUGAGCAAAAAAAAAAAGAAAAAGAAAAGGAGAUUGGCGCUUAGCUAUAAAGCCUCCUGCUAAACCAGUUCAUCCCUCACACUUUGAGAAGUUUCGCCGUCCUGCAAGGUUGGCAUCUUCUUCACUUCAACAUCCGCUUCAAUCACUGUGGCAAUGACCGUCAAAUCAUUACGUCUUUUGGCGCUAUUCGCCACACUUGUUGCAUUUCCAGGCGCAGAGAACUCGGCUGUCAAACGACAGGUUGUUCAACCUGAAGCUCCAAAAUCUGGAUCAUUUUACCGUGGAGCAGUUGAAUCUCCUCCACCGACCGUCCACAUCGGACGAGGCUUCCAACGAGAUGCUGUUGAGUAUCGCCCCAAUCCCGAUUUUCGCCCUAUAAACCCAUUCGCCCUCCGCAACCUGAAUAGCGCCAUUUUCUUGUCGCAAUUCUACUAUCCAUCGCUGUACGCCGAUCAUUUCCGCAAAGUUUACCCCGACUAUUAUACUCCUUUUGCUGUGUUUCCGGUACCCAUCAGCAAUUCGAUUAUCCAAAAAGACGGAUCAGAAUGCCUGAACGGCCAAGCUUUGCGACCGAAUCCUGACGAUUGCACCGGCUAUCAGAGCUGCGUCCACGGCCAAUGGGAAAAUCAAAGGUGUCCUGAUGGAUUGCACUGGAACGCCCAGUACAGCAUUUGCGAUUGGCCGUCGAAUGUGCGAUGCGCCAUCGAAGCCACGUCUUCGGGUACUCAGGCCCCAGCUACUGAAGCUCCUCAACUUUCCACGACGACGCCUCGCUAUCCAAUUUCUGUCACCACGCCAUCUCGAGCUCCAGAUGUCACAACAACAACAUCGGCUCCACCUAGUCCAACUGCUUCACCUUCUGCACCGCCCUCUUCAUCUUCCGGUGAGGCUAAAGUGAUUUGCUACUACACGAACUGGUCGUGGUAUCGUCAAGGAGAAGCCAAAUAUUCUCCGAGUGACAUUGAUCUUAACCUCUGCACUCACAUCCUUUAUGGAUUCGCCACCUUGGAUCCGAAUCAGUCGAUUAUGCGUGUCUUUGAUUCUUGGUCCGACACUGAUGAAUACGGCCCAAAACUUUACGCUAAAGUGACGGCCCUUAAGAGUCACGGCAUCAAGGUUCUCAUCGCUCUCGGUGGCUGGAACGACUCUGCUGGAGGCAAAUAUAGUGCUAUGGUCAACAAUCCAGCUGCCAGGCGCCGUUUUAUUGAAAAUGCUAUCAUUUUCAUUGAAAAUUACGGAUUUGACGGUCUCGAUCUUGACUGGGAAUACCCCAAGUGCUGGCAGGUCGAUUGUAAUGCUGGCCCAGCCUCAGACAAACCUGCCUUCGCAGCUUUCGUCCGAGAAUUGCGAGAGGCCUUUACUCCCAGAGGCUGGCUUUUGACUGCUGCUGUUUCGCCAUCCAAAGCGGUCAUCGAUGCUGGCUAUGAUGUGCCGUCGUUGUCCCGUGACUUGGAUUGGAUUGGUGUCAUGACUUACGAUUAUCACGGACACUGGGACAAGAGAACAGGUCACGUGGCUCCACUUGGCUUCCAUUCGGAGGCAGAUGUAGCUUAUUUCAACACAGAGUACACGCUCAAUUACUGGAUCCGUGGUGGAGCUGAUCCGGCUAAACUCAUUCUCGGGGUUCCGCUCUACGGCCAGUCAUUCACACUGCAAAAUCCCAGCGUCAACGGACUUAACGCUCCGGCUAAAGGAACCGGACAAGCUGGUGAAUUCACUCGUCAAGCUGGAUUCCUCGCUUAUUACGAAAUUUGUAAGAUGAUUGCCAAUGGCGGAUGGACUGUCGUCCAGGAUGAAGAAGGAGCUCUCGGUCCGUAUGCUUACCGUGGUGAUCAAUGGGUAUCGUUCGACGACGCAAACAUGGUUCGUAAAAAAUCCGAAGUUGCCAAAGCAAUGAAAAUCGGUGGUGCCAUGAUCUGGGCCCUCGAUCUCGAUGAUUUCCGAAACAAAUGUGGAUGUGAGACGUAUGCUUUGCUCAAAACAAUCAACAGAGUCUUGAGAAACUACCCAGCAUCGAGCGCCAAAUGUGACGUUAAAAGUGUUCCAAAAGUUUCCAGACCAACUGCAGUAUCCAAGAGCACCUGCCAAGAAAAUUCUUACAAACCGCACGAAUCUGAUUGUGCUAGUUACUAUCAUUGCGUCUUCGGACAAUGGAGUGGCUAUACUUGCCCCAACGGUUUGUUCUGGAACAAGGAAUACUGCGACUGGCCAUACAACGCCAAAUGCGAAGGUAGCAGUGAAGUUUACCUUCCAGCAGUUCCAGCCCCUACAGCUGCCCCUGUUCUACCUGGACCUGAUUCCACUGGAACAACAGCGAGUGGCGCGUACGUCGAAUGGAAACCAACAACUACAACAGCCAAGCCCACGCCCAGCCCUUUUCCAGAGGUGACAUUGCCCGACACUGGUUUUAAAGUCAUCUGUUAUUUCACCAACUGGGCUGGAUAUCGGCAAGGAGAGGGCAAGUACAAGCCGGAGGACAUCGAUCCGGCUUUGUGCACGCACAUCAUCUACGGUUUCGCCACUCUCAGUCCCAGUGAACUGACUAUGCGUGUUUUCGAUUCCUGGGCUGACACGGACGAAUACGGGCCAAACCUUUACGCAAAAGUAACGGCAUUGAAAAAGAAGGGAAUCAAGGUUUUGAUUGGUCUAGGUGGUUGGAAUGACUCAUUGGGCAGCAAGUAUAGCCAACUGGUUAACAAUCCAACUGCCAGGAAACGGUUCGUUGACAACGCAAUCGCCUUCAUCGAGAAAUACGGUUUCGAUGGACUCGACCUUGAUUGGGAAUACCCGAAAUGUUGGCAGGUGGAUUGCAAAGCUGGACCAGAUUCAGACAAACCUUCGUUCACUGCUUGGGUUAGGGAACUGAGCGAGGCGUUCAAACCUCGCGGUUGGUUACUGUCGUCCGCUGUUUCGCCCUCGAAAACUGUCAUCGACCUUGGUUAUGAAGUUGCCGAGUUGUCUCAAUACUUUGACUGGAUUGGUGUCAUGUCCUACGACUAUUUUGGCAAUUGGGACAAAGAAACCGGUCACGUUGCUCCCCUAUAUGCCCAUUCUCAGGUCAGCAACCAAUACUUCAAUGCUAAUUUCACGCUCAACUAUUGGAUUGAACUUGGCGCUGAUCCGUCCAAAGUAAUCAUGGGUAUGCCUAUGUACGGACAAUCGUUCACUCUUGAAGAUCCCGCCAGCAAUGGCUUGAACGCCAAGGCUAAAGGACCAGGUGAAGCGGGAGAAUUCACGCGGCAAGGAGGUUUCCUCGCGUUCUACGAGAUUUGCCAUCGUAUGAAGCAGGGUGGCUGGACUGUGGUUCAAGACUCUGAAGAAGCCAUGGGUCCUUACGCUUACAAAGGAAAUCAGUGGACUUCGUUUGACGAUGUCGCUAUCAUUCGUCGCAAAUCUGAAUUGGUCAAAUCAAUGAAAAUCGGUGGUGCUAUGAUUUGGGCGUUGGAUCUUGAUGACUUUAGUAACCGAUGCGGAUGCGAACGCUAUCCAUUGCUCAGGACUAUUAACCGCGUCUUGCGUAAUUAUCCCGUAGCCGACCCGAAUUGCAAUUACGCUUAAAAAUUAAACAGGGAUCUUUUGGUAAUGAGAUUUAAUGCUAAGCAUUAGAAAAACAUGAUUUCCGAUCUUUUUAAAGGCACACAACAAAGAUGUGUUACAGGUGUUUGUUCUGUUUUUUAACAAUGUUUUCCUCUGUUAUGUUAUUUGGGUAACU